GACAUAAUGGCUGCUGUUACACAUUGCUAGUUCUGGUCAUUGUCACCGUGAGCACGCACUGCGCUAUCAUGCGGAGAAAUGCGCUCUCUCGAGACAAGAGGUCGACAGGAGCGGCUUGCAUCACCAGCUGCAGCGGACGUACCAACGGUGACUACCAGUCCUGUGUGUCAUGUCGGUUUUAUGCCACGUGUGAUAAUGGCUUGCUGCGGGAUCGGCGAGAGUGUCCCUCGGGUCAAAUCUGGGAUGACAGUCUCAAACAGUGCGAGAUUACAAGCGCGACUUGCACAGUGCCCACUAGUAUGACGACAACCAGCGCCACGACAACUAGCGCCACCACGACUAGCCAAACGAGCCCAACCCCUUUCGUAAACCCGUGCAUCACGAGUUGUACGGGCAGAACUGCUGGAGACUAUCAGUGGUGUCAAACGUGCAAGAAGUACGUCACCUGCGUCAACAACGUCAUGAUGGUCCGGGACUGCCCGCCUACCUUGGUGUGGGACAACAACAGCAACCGCUGCGAGACGACGUCAACAACAUGCGUGGAACCAUCAACGACAACCAGUGCUACGACAACCUCGGCUACAACGACUUCUGCUACCACUACCUCGGCAACAACAACCAGCGCAACGUCUUACGUAAACCCGUGUAUUACAUCAUGUGUCGGUCAGUCGAAUGGCAAUCAUCAGUCCUGCGAUUCCUGCAACCAGUUUGCGACAUGUAAUAGUGGGGUGUUCACGGACAACCGACCUUGUCCCGCCGCCACAAGUUGGGAUGACAAUGAAAAGGAAUGCGUUGGCUUGUCAACUACUUGUUUUUAGACAAGUCAAUUUUAUAAAACCAAUUCCUGACAGAUGGUCCCUUAAAGACACUAUAUCACACCACAUUUCUCAAAAAAUAAAUAAUGCAUUUCUCUCAAUAAUACUGAUUAUAAAUCCUCGAAGA